AUGGCCCUUCAGCCUGAUGAUGCCUCUCGGAAAUUCGAGAGAAUGUUAGCUAAACUGCUAGUGUGCUGCAGAUGAGUGUGAUCCAGCCAAACAAUAGAUUGAAGCUCUUUCGACUCAAAUUCAGAAGUAUCACAAAGACGAAUUUGAGGCAUACACCACCUAUCAGAAGUUGGACAAGUUCUUCUUCAAUUUCCUUGCUCAAAAGCCACACUUCAAUGUACUGUGUAAAGUAGUGAAAUUGGUUGAAGUGCUGUCGCAUGGCCAAGCUGUCAUUCAACAUGGUUUGGCAAAGAAAAAAGAAAUUCUUUCCUGCAAAAUAGGAGAGGAUACUCUGAAGCCAUUUAGAACUGUUCAUGAUGGGGUGAGGCACAUGGAAUGUAAAAUUCAUGACAUCCCAGUCAGCAAGGAAUUGCUCAAAUCCUGCAAGCAAUUCCUCCAGAGGUAUUCUUCCUUUUUGGAGGAUCAGAAAAAAAGCCAAAAAAGAAAGUGA